AUUUUAGCAAAGCGCAGAGUGCUUGUGCUAAAAUACGCAGCGGUAGAUAAAGGUGAUAACUUUCACCCCCUUUCUCUCACCACCCACCACUUGCUAUGAGUAUUCCGACACAUUUCUCCAUUUUGUCCGAGAAAAAAUCGAAUCUCUCCCGUCUGAAUUUGUGUAAGCUUCUCUUGAACAUGAUCCUUUCCGGGAACUGAAGAGAAUAAUCGUGUAGUAAAAGAAAAAACGAAAGAUGGCUUCGUCUCUGGAGUUUGUUAGACUUUGUGCCUCUCCUGUGUCGAUUUCCCGCCACAAAUCUCCAGUAAAAUUGGAAUCUAGAAAAAGGGUUUUCAGAUUAGCAGAUUCUCGAAGUUUGCAUCGUCUUGGUCGAUGUGUUACGGUUCAUUCAUCUGCUCUUAACAAUGGAGAUAACCAGUCAAAAGGUGAAGAACCACCAGAAUCUUUAUUUAUGAAAGAGUUGAAGAGAAGAGGUAUGACUCCUACUUCGUUACUUCAAGACUAUGAAGUAGAUGUUGACGAGAUCAAAACCGGUGGUAAAGACACUAGAAACAGCUCUAGGACCACUGCAACUACUACUCCAGCCUUCGACCAAAGCUUGUUAAACCAGAGAGAGAGAUCCUUGGCUUUAAACAGCGAAGGGCUCGAGGGAUUGAUUCCACGUGCUAGGAUCUUGCUGACGAUUGGAGGGACUUUCUUCUUGGGUUUUUGGCCCUUGAUUGUCUUAACUCUUGGCGCCUUCUCUGCUCUUUACCUUUACUUUGGAGCAGAUUUCAUUCAUGAUGGAAGCAGAACUCCGGUUUCACCACCACCUUACAUCGAUCCAUAUACUCUGCUGGAGGAUGAGAGGGUCUCCGGGAUCAAUCCUCGUCUUAAUUAGCACCACAACGUGUUCUCUCUGCUCCACCCAAGUAGUAGUUAAAUAUAUUGUUGCACUAAGUAUAUAUAUCUCUGUUCCUUACGGUUGUAAAAAAUAAUAAUUUUACUUCUGUAUUAUUGCACCUUUUUAAAAGGGUUCACCUCAAA